AUGGUGUUGGAAAUAAAUAGUAAUCCAUUUUUAAGUAUAUUGGAAAAAAAUUAUCCAAAUUUAUAUAAAUCAAUUUUUUAUAAUAAUAAUAAUAAAUUUAUUAUUUUAAUACCCAAUUCACAAAUAUUAAUUAAUACACAAAUUAAUGAUAUUUUUAUAAAGAGUCAUAUAUUAAUGGAAACAAAUAUAGAGAAGAAUUAUAUAAAUAAAUGUGGACAAAUAAUUGAAAUGUUAAAUGAUACAUUUAUUACAAGUUUUGGAUUCAAUAAUUAUAAUAUUUGUAAUAUUAUACAGAAAUACAAAUUCAAUAAUUCAAUACAAUGUAAUUUUAUACCUAAUACUAUUAGUAUUAGUUAUGUAGGUAGUAGUAGUCUAGUAAGUAGUUAG